AUGGACGAUGCAAGGGUGAUGCGGCCGCAAGGUGAGGAGGCUGGCCUGAUUCGCGUGCUCUCUACCAUUUGGGACGCUUCAUGGGAGCAACCGCAGCGUUCGCCGCGAGAGUUUUUCAUAUGGCCGACCUUUCCGAUCCGCUACAUGUACACAACAAGGCUGCUCGUCAACCUACUGUGGUUCUCACGGAAUUACUUGAAUUUAGCCUUUUUGAUUUCCCUACUGGUGGUUUUUUUCAUUCCGCCCUGCGCCUUGGUCGUCGCGGUGAGCAGCAGCAUGCACCUAAUGAAGAGGAGUGCACCCUUACUUAGCAACACGCCAACGACCAACAUCGCGGAUGACAAUACAGUGAAGAAGGGGUCUGGCCGAAGCCUUAUGGCUGCAUGCCUGACGCUUCUCCAGGUGCUUUGCUGUAUUUUUGUGUGGUAUCGCUGUGGGCUGCUUUCCAUUGUGCUGAGCAUCAUCAUUGUGACAAUGCCGGUCCUAUCUCACGCCUUCUUUGCGCCCUACACUGACGAAGCCUUCGAGUUGUACUGCAGUGUGCUUCGCCAGAGGGAACUGCCAGUGCCGACGCCGCGCUCACCUACGCUCAUGUUCUCCGCAGUGGACCCCCGAUUCACCGUCCUUAGCAAGCGGGAGAGCGUCGUGGUAAGCCCUCAGCGGCGUAGUACUCCACGCAGCCUCAUUUCAUCGCCUCGCUCCUUGACGCCGUUUCGGAGACCAUACAAGGAGGAGGGCCCAAGCUUGUUGAGUCGGAUGAAGAAGAACGGCAUUUCAGAGGGCUCAAGGCGCAUUUCUUCCAGAAAUCCAAAGUGCACAGAGAGAAUGUCUCCACCCACAUAUGGGAAGGUGCAGCGGAUUGAAGAGGGUCCCGAGAGGGCCGCCAAGCUCGCAGCUCCACGCGAAGCUGAAAACCCCAGUAGCGAAGAGGUUGAGUGUGUUUCGCAUUACCUGAGGUUCCAGUUUAAUAGGGAAGAUGUGGCCUUGAUGCCUCUGUCUCCGACGUCUGGGGUGUCUCCAGUACUUUGUUUACCAACCGUGGAAAGUGACGGUGAGAAGGCAAAGGACUUCGCUCUGGAAAAGGACAGUUUCGAUGCACGAGAUGUGCAGUGCGCGAAGUUCCCCUUCAGCGACAUCUUGGUGGCAGAAGAGUCGAUGAGUAGCAGUGGCGUUGCAGUGAUUUCGCCAUUUGCCGCGUCGUGUAACUGGUGUGCUUCCCCCAAGUGCAAUGAAUGUCUUAGCGAGACGCCUUGUAGCGAACGCGUAUUCGAAGGGGGAGUGUCAAUCACGCAGCCGUGUAUGAGCGAGUAG